AUGCAGCCCUGUUGUUUGUGCGAGAGAGAUAGAGGAGCAGACCCAAUCCCCACCUCUUGCUCUGAGUCGGAUCUAGGGCGCACACCCAGCCGGGAGCCGGCGACCAUGGCGGAGGCCGCAGGAGCAGCAGCAUCGCCUACUCCCCACCGCGGCCUCCCCGAGGAGAUCGUGGUCUGGGAGAUCCUCGUCCGCCUGCCCCCCAAAUCUCUCCUCUGCUGCCGCGCUGUCUGCAGUGCCUGGCGCCGCGCCACCUCCGCCCGUGCCUUCCUCCUCGCCCACCACGCCCGCCAGCCCGCCCUCCGCAUCCUCUCCGACGGCGGCAAAAGCAUCCUCGUCUUCAACAACCGGGCCGCUACCACCCAGCUCCAGCCUGUCGCCCGGCUUCGCGAGGUCUUCUAUCCGGAAGCCUCCUGCGACGGCCUCCUCAUCCUUCACAGCAAGAUUGGCGACCGCUUCUCCAUCUGCAACCCGGCCACUCGUCAGUGUGCUCCACUCCCACAGCUUUCUGGUUUCAGGGUCUUGGGGAUGUACCCGCAUAGCCCAACCGGAGAGUACCGAAUACUGGCGACCGACUUCCAUGAGGCCUGCUACAUCUUCGCAUUGGACUCCACCCAUCCACCGAGGAGCAUCUGGUCGCUGCCGCCGGAGGCGGAGCGCAUUAUACAUUGGGUUGGUGUCCUGGUCCGUGGUAGGCUGCAUUGGGCCCUAGAAGACAGCAUGGUGAUGGUAUUCAACACCACAGCCGAGUCAUUCCAUCUGAUGCGUUCUCCUAGUACCGACGACUCUCUAGCGUUUGAGAUGGAUGGCAUGCUCGGGGUGCACAACUUUACUAGUGCAACCGAAAUAGUUAAUAUCUGGGUGUUGCAGGACUAUGAAAGCGAGGUCUGGACCUUCAAGUGCCAGAUUCAAUUGCCAUUGCCGGUUACUGACUUCAGUGUCCGGAGUCGUUAUGCCACAUCUUGUAGCGCGUGGGUCGUGCGUGGCAAUGGUGAGUUCCUCAUGCUGGUCAAAUUUGCCGAGUGCCUACUUCAGGUUGACAUGGAUGGCAAGUUAGUGGCCACUUUCCAUCACCAAGAUGUCUGGCCUACACUAUUUCACCUCAAACAAUCUCUUGUUCCACAUGCCUUCUUUCCAACACUAGAGGGCUAUGUUGUGAAUGAUGUGCCUUUUAUCUGA